AUGACGGCUACGAACGGUUCUCCGUCACCCAAACCUCGUCCUGGGAGACAUCAUCGUCAUACUAAAAGUAGCUCAUCGUUACCGACUUUUGGCCCUAGAAACUAUCAUACUGUCAACCAGGGCUAUCAGAUUCCCGUUAGCACACAUUUGAUUUCAUUUAACGGUCACCACCACCACCAUCACCACAAUAGCUCUGUUGCUCGCUCUGGCGCUGUUCUGACACCACCCCAAACACCAAAAACCCGAGGAUUUAGUCCGGGCACGGAGACUUCAAGCAAGAAGAAGAAGAAGAAGACGAGGGGUGGACAAAAGGAUAGUGUGCCAACUACGAAAUCUGUUCCCCUUCCUUCCUCCACUGCCGGUACCAACGAGUUUGUCAAAGCCCAGCCUGCAAACAUUACCGAACCCGUUCCUUCCGGCCAAAUGACUCCCCCAAAGCUUUCAAACACCCCCAUGAAAGCAUAUGCCGGUCCUUUGUUCCACUCGUCUCCGAACCCUUCCGCACUUCCUGUUCCCAAGUUCUUCUCUAGGUCCGUACCAGCUACUCCUGCGGGGAAUGGUUUGCGAGCGAUGAUGGAGAGUGAAGAUUCGGAGGACAAUUCAACUUCCUCCUCUGCCGAGCAGACCGAGGAAUCGCAUCUUCAGAGAUUGUUCAGGGCCGAUAAGGAAGAAAAGGAGCGCAUGAAAAUGAAGCGUCAAAGCUCUGGGUCAAGUUCAUCCACUGAGGGCUCCCUUGGAACACCUUUUGAACGUUCCGAGUUCAAUGGCAAUGGGUCGGGUGCAUUUCUCAUUGACAGUCAGGGACAAUGGCUUACUGGGUGCUUAGUGUUUUCGAAACGGCCCGAUCUGCCCCGCGUGCUCCUAGGCCAGCGGACGGAAUCUUCUCAAUUGAUGUUGACAAGCCGACUCCGCCUGUUCCGACCCGCUUGUUCGAUCAUACUCACCCCUCGCCGCCCAACCGUACAUCGCCGGUUCCAUCGCAAGUUCAGACUGUUUUUGCUCUAUCUAGGGAGGAUGAUCUCAAACAUACGGCUAAUCUCUUGAAAUCUCGCCUCUUGUCUCCGUCGGCCUCACCGAAGCACGAAGAACCUUCCCCACCUGCCCCGGGAUCCCAAGAGUCGCACUUGGAUGCGAGACCGCCUCUAACUCCGGCCCGGAGCAAUCGAGUCGGCCCAGAUCAAGGGUUUGUUGGAGCUCCAAGCUAUUCUCCCGAUAGGAUUCCUCGAGCUUCUGUCAACAAUUUGCUCGACUCGAUGGUACGACAUGCUGGACCCCCGCAGUCUCCGCUUACCCUGAGGGCGUCGCCUUUUCACCGUGAUGCCCCUUUGAACCUUGGUCCACACCAAAGGAAUUCACAACCCAAAAAGUCAGCACUCGCAUCCAAGCUUGAGACUGCUGGAGGCCCUGUUACACCGUCAAAAAGCGUUGCUGAAAUGGAGAAUGACCUGAGGAGGGUCCUAAACUUGGGUGCCUAUGCUUCAAACGCUGCCUUGGGCGGUGGUGUUUUGAUUUGA